AUGUUGUGGUGGGAGUACAUCAAGCUGAAGAUGGAAUUAUUUAUGCUAAUAGCGAUUGGAGAAAGGGCUGGGAAAGUCAACCAGCUGGUUAUUGAAUUUAUCGUCUUUUUUGUACAUAAUUUCAAUUUUACGAAAAUAUAUACAUACAUAUGUAGUAUAUGUAUUUAUGGAAAGAACACAAACUUUUACAACAUUGUUAAAGUGCUUGAAUAAACGUU